AAUACCUUCAAAGAUGAAAGAGUUUGAUAAAAUGGCAGAUUCUGGUUCAGAUGAGUUUACAAAAGUUAAAAAAAGUAGAACCUUAGGAGAAGGAAGCAUGGAGUUAAUCCGCCCAAGCAGCGCGGAGUCUAAAAGCCACGGCUCCAAAACAGCAAGUCAAGAGGACGUCCGAGAAGCCGAUGGGAAAAAAAGUAAAAAACCUCGGGACGAUGGCUUGCAGUUUCUGGACGGUGUGGUGUACAUCGAUGACGGAGAAACGUACGUCCAAGAGAGGGUGAAGUGCAUCGACGGGAUUGUGUAUAUUGAAGACGGUAGAUCGUUCAAGGAAGACCGGGUGCGGUUUAUCGAUGGGGUUGUGUACAUUGACACCGCGUUAGAGGAUGAAGAUGCGCAUGAAAUCGAAGACGAGGCGGAGGAACGGAGAGGUAAGAAACGCGGGGGGAAGAAAAGAGAUCCGUCCCGAACGAAGGAGAUCGACGAAGAUGAAACCCAGCCGCGUGAUGAGAUGGACGAUCGAGGAAGAAAAAAGAAAGCGAAGUCCCGCAAAGACAAAAAAGCGGGAGAACGAGAUUCUCAUAGAAGAGAUUCUCUCGGGAGUAGGGAAAGUGAUGUAGAAAUCGGAAAGGAGGACGCGGAAAAGGAAAAGAAACGAAAGUCGAAAGGGAAGAAAGAUAAGGAAAGCUUAGAGGAAGCUGAGGUGAUUGAGAAAAAACCUUCUAAAGGUAAAACAUGGCAGGAGAUAGUUGCGGAUGAACAGAGUCCCCCGAACACGUCACGGGAAGUGAAGAUUGGGGUGAAAGAAAGACAAUCGGCGAUCGUCGCGCGUCUUCAACUCCUUCAGGAAGAGAAAAAAGCUCUACGACGACGAAGAUGAAGACGACGAUGAGUUAAUGCCAGAUAAAACUACCCGGAUAAUCCGCCAUGGGAAGAAGCCAAAAAAAUCGAUAACGAAACGCCCGAAGAUUCUCAAACCAAAAGACAAAGUGUCGCCCGUCCCCCACAUUACAAUCUCGAAUGUGGACGGCGAGCAAGCCGAGGACGACAGCGAGAGAAAGUUAUCGAUAAUAUCUACUUUCGAUGAGACAGAAGUCGCGGUCGGGGAGGAGGAAUCGGAGAAGUCAAGCUUGGAGACGCCAGUGAACGAAGACGAUCUGAUGGAGAUUGAGGCACCAGUCCGGCGCAUAUCUCGGGUCAAGUACGACAUCACGUCCAACCUUUUCGAUGCGAUCCGGAGGGAAUCGUACGCUGAAGGCGUGGAAGACAUCCCAAGGCCUCACAGAAAGACGUCCGCCCUCUUGCUGGCUGCACAGAAAACGUUGUCAAAAUCUUUCAAAUCUCAGCAGUCACUGAUG